GCGCACACACAGCGCAUCAGCAAAACACAAGAAUGCAUCUCCCCGAACGGGUGUGAAGUGUGUAGGCGAGCUAUUCUCAGCCUCAUCCUACACAAGAUCCUGGAUGGGGACUUUGCAAUUUGGGGCAAAAGGGUUUGUGUUGUACAGCUAAACAGGAUGAGGUUAGAAUGUUCUGCAUCACAGCAGCACGGCAAACUUUUUUAGGACAGCUCAUUUUGCCCCUCAUUUAUUUAUGCGUCACAUGAUAUAGCUGUGUUUGGAGGGGCAGAGAGAGAGAGAGAGAGAGAGAGAGAGAGAGAAGGGUGGGUGGACAGAAUCCUUAAAACGACAACAACAACAACUGGAAGACACACUUGCUUCUCUAUUUGGCUUUGAUGAAAACUGUAAAUGGGUCUUGGAGGAGGUUCAGGGACUAUAAGGCACCAUGGUUGGCUAACCCAUAGUCCACGCCAUACGUUUCUGCAACAUAUCGCAGGGUGUUGAGGUUUCCUUGCAAACGAAUUGCAAGGGUCUCCCAAGUUACCGUCCCUCAAAAAGCAACAAGUUGGAAAUUGAUCCAUUAAAGGAUUUGUUGGUCUCCAACCCAUAAGUUUCAUGCAGCCCCCUCCCGCCAUAUGUUGUGGGAUACAGUUGUUUUAUGCAACAUGCUAUGAACACCCAAGUUGUUUGUGAAUGUGGUAUAUAUAUAUCUCUCUUUCAUAUCUAUUUUCCAUAUCCAUCUUCCAGCUCUCUCUCUCUCUCGCUCUCUCUCUCAUCUUUCAUAUCUAUCUUCCAUCUCUCCAUCUUUCAUAUCUUCCAUCUCUGUUCUCUUUCAUAUCUUCCAUAUUUAUCUUCCAUCUCUCUCUCCCUCUCUCUCUCUCUCUCUCAUAUCUUCCAUAUCUAUCUUCCAUGUCUCUUUCAUAUCUUCCAUAUCUAUCUUCCAUAUUUAUCUUCCAUCUCUUUCUCUCUUUCAUAUCUUCGAUAGCUAUCUUCCAUCUCUCUCUCUCUGUCUAUUCAUUCAUCUACCCACCCAUCCAUCCACGUGCCAGCAUACAUUGUCAAGGAUUUUUUUAUCUCAAUUGUUUUAUUAAAUUGUUAUUAUAUACAGCAACCUCCAUUUCUUUUGUAUCGCAACCUCCUCCAGUUACAUAAUGACAAAACCAAGAAAUUAUGUAUUUGCCCUAUAAAGAAGAUACUGCAUAUCUGAUUACAUCAGAAGACAAUGAACAAAGCGAUUGGAGGUGGCUUAUUCAUACUCGGACAAAGUCUUCCCCAACCAAGGACCUUCCUGAUGUCUUCGAACCCAGACUUCUUAGCUUAGACGGCCUUGACUUCAUUUAGGCACAUGAUAGUUGGGAACACAGCGCUACCACAAAAGUGUGGUUGGUUUCUCUUCUUAUCUAUAAUGAUUAAGCCCAGGUGGGAUUAAAAUAAUUUAAUAACCGGUUCUGUGCCCUAAUGGCCAGCUGGGUGGGCGUGGCCAUGGUGGGUAUGGCCAGGGGAUGUGACAGGCAGCACUCGGCCUCCUGCACCCCCCUGGGAGCAAAAAUGGGUCGCGGGGGGGCCACACUGACCCCCCCAUGACCCGUUUUGGGCCUAGUAGGCCUCCCUGCACUUAACAGGGAGCCAAAAUGGAGUGCGUGGAGACUCCUGGAAAGGGCGGGGUGGGGAAGGGAGGGGCCAGCCAGCAAUUUGGUUUCGGGGUGAGUUAUCAUCUACACGCUGAUGAUACUCAGCUGUAUUUUUCCACCCCGGACCACCCCAACGAAGCGGUCGAAGUACUGUCCCGGUGCCUGGAAGCUGUACGGGUCUGGAUGGGGAGAAACAGACUCAAGCUCAAUCCCUCCAAGACGGAGUGGCUGUGGAUGCCGGCACCCCGGUACAGUCAGCUGCAUCCACAGCUGACUGUUGGGGGCGAGUUAGUGGCCCCAAAGGAGGUGAUUCGCAACUUGGGCGUCCUCCUGGAUGGUAGGCUGUCCUUUGAUGAACAUCUGGCAGCCGUCUCCAGGAGGGCCUUUUACCAAGUUUGCUUGGUGCGCCAGUUGCGUCCCUUCCUUGACCGGGAUGCCUUAUGCACAGUCACUCAUGCUCUGGUUACGUCUCGGUUGGAUUACUGCAAUGCUCUCUACAUGGGGCUGCCCUUGAGGUGCACCCGGAGGCUGCAGUUAGUCCAGAAUGCGGCUGCACAAGUAGUAAUGGGAGCCACUCGUGGCUCCCACGUAACACCACUGCUCCGUAGUCUGCACUGGCUUCCUGUGGUCUUUCGGGUGCGCUUCAAGAUUUUGGUUACCACCUUUAAAGCGCUCCAUGGCUUAGGACCCGGGUACUUACGAGACCACCUGCUGUUACCCUAUGCCUCCCACCGACCCGUACGCUCUCAUAGAGAGGGUCUCCUCAGGGUGCCGUCCGCCAAACAGUGUCGGCUGGCGGCCCCCAGGAGUAGGGCCUUCUCUGUGGGAGCAUCAACGCUCUGGAAUGAACUUCCCCCUGGCCUACGUCAAGUGCCUGAUCUUCGGACCUUCCGUCGUGAGCUAAAAACAUACUUAUUUAUUCAAGCGGGACUGGCAUAAUAGUUGAUUUUAAAUUGGGGUUUUAUUAAUAUUUUUUUUAAAAAAUUUAAAUUUAAUUUUGAUUAUCAGCCUUUUUUUGUAAUUUGCUAUUUUUUAAUUUGGUUUUAAUUGUACAUAUUCUGUGUUUUAUCUCUGGCUGUACACCGCCCUGAGUCCUUCGGGAGAAGGGCGGUAUAAAAAUUUGAUAAAUAAAAUAAAUAAAUAAAUAAAUAAAUUUAACAACCGGUUCACCCAAAUCAGCGUGAACUGGCUGAAUCCCACCACUAAUUAAGCCCCACACUGCUCCAUCUAUUUGCAGGUUCCCUCGACUGUAGGAGAAGGAGUGGCAAAUCCUGGGGUGGAGUUAAAAGCGGAAUCAGCCUAGAAUCCCUGUGUAGCCAUAAGCAAACUAAGUUCAACCUCCCUUGAACUCUAUGGAUCUUUGUCUAACUCCUAGCAGGUGCUAACAGUUAGUUAAAAUAGAUUCCUGUGCAUCGGCUUGAUUAGCAAUAAGUCAAUUUAACUGGACCUCAGUGUGGAUCUGGUCUUUUGUACCUGACAUUGACUGGCUUAGAUUAGCUUCCUCGAGGAAACUUCAAAACAUCUACAAGUAGGUGGAUCUAAAGAAGCACAUUUUACUCCCACUGAAGCAAACUGUUUUCUGCUUCCUCUUUUUCUCCCUUAGCUGACAAUUCGGUUGCUAUUCUACUUCCUCACUUGCUUCCGGAAAGCAACCGUUUCCAGCUACACCCAAACUCAAUACAGUCUCUAUCGGCAUUAUCAUCCAAUACAUUUGCAUGAGUCUUUCACAAUGCCUAACACUCUUCUAGCAAAAGAAAAUCCUUCAGAGCAGGGGACUUUGGCAAACAAAAAGUAGGGAGGGGGGCAUUGCUAAGUCCAGCCCGUCAGCCCUGGAAACCAUCUUUUUCUGAUGUGGAAGCCACAUCAAAAUGUAUUUUUAACACUCAUCUGGCUCCUUUAAAUUGACAGUUCUUCCAUUAUCUUAUUAGUGUAGAAUAGAGGUCUCCAACCUUGGCAAUUUUACGACUUGUG